UAGUAAAUGAAGUUCUUUUAGUGAAAUAAAUUUCAGAUUAAAAUAACUUGUGGUCGGGAUGGCAAUUUUGCCCAUACCCAUGGGUAUUUUACUAUCCAACCCAAUUGGGUUGGGUAUGGAUUCCAAAUAAAUGGUAGAUGGGUAGAGUUUGAUGGAUUUGUACCCAUACCCAUUUACAUGGGUUGGGUUGGGUUUUUAACACAUGGAUUUGGAUUUGUACCCAUGCCCAAAGGAAAAUUACAGUUUGGUACCUAAACUAAAUAGAUAUGAAGAUUUAGUACCUAAAUUUAAUUUUUUUUGCAUAUAAGUCCUCAAAAUAUCGAUGGAAAAAUACGUUUUGGUACCUAAAAUUUUUUGGUCUUACAUUUUGGUACCUAAACUUUUCAAGUUUUACAAAUAGGUCCAAUUUUUGUGUGUGUAGUUAAAACACCCUCAAGUAAAUGGAUAUCCAUAUCCAACCCAUACCCAUUUACAUUAUGAAAGCAAUAUCCAUACCUAACCCAAACCCAUUUACAAACCCCCAAACCCAUAUACACUUCAUCCAAAUCCUACCCAUACUAAAUGGAUCUAUUUGGAUUUGGAUAAAAUUACCCAUGGGUGGGUAAUUGCCAUCCCUGCUUGUGGAUUUUAGAGUUAAUAGAAGUUAUGACUUAAAUUUGACCUAAAUAUGAGAAAAAUAUGUUUUGUUUUAGCAAAAUCCUAACUUUCAAGAAACAAGAAGGGAAAAACAUAUUCUGUAUACUGAUCAAUUAUGAAUUCUGAAGCUGCCGAUGAAAUCAACAAUGAGGGAUUCCUGCAAUUCGAUUUCGAAACGAUCAGAGCCGCCACAAAUGAUUUUGGUCAUGAUAGCAAGCUUGGAGAAGGCGGAUUUGGAGUUGUUUACAAGGGAAUUCUGCCAAAUGAGCAAGAAGUAGCUGUGAAGAGAUUGGGAAGAAAUUCAAGACAAGGGGACAUAGAAUUCAAAAAUGAAGCAAAUCUAGUGGCCAAACUCCAACAUAGGAAUUUGGUUAGACUUUUGGGCUUUUGCUUAGAAGGCGGAGAGAGGCUUCUCAUCUACGAGUUCAUCCCGAAUGCCAGCCUCGACCAUUUCCUCUUUGACGUGGAAAAACGGAAGGAUUUGACCUGGGAAAGACGGUACAAGAUUAUUAGAGGCAUCACACGAGGGAUGCUUUAUCUCCACGAGGACUCUCGACUAAGGAUCAUCCAUCGCGAUCUGAAAGCCAGCAACAUUUUGUUAGACACUGAGAUGGACCCCAAGAUUUCAGAUUUUGGGAUGGCUCGGUUGUUUGAUAUGGAUGAGACCGAGGGAAAUACUAGCAGAAUCGUUGGGACUUACGGAUAUAUGGCUCCGGAAUAUGCAAUGCACGGACAGUUUUCUGUGAAGUCGGACGUGUUCAGUUUCGGAGUGCUCGUUUUGGAGAUUGUGAGUGGCCAUAAAAGCAGUUAUGUCCAUCGCGACUCCAUGGAGAACCUUUUAAGUUAUGCAUGGAAGAAUUGGAGGAACGAGACUUGCACCAACCUCGUGGAUUCGUCCCUGGGGACGAACGACGACGUUUCAGGCGCCGAGAUCGCGAGAUGCAUCCACAUCGGGUUGUUGUGCGUGCAGGAGAACGUCAACGACCGGCCGACCAUGGCCUCCGUUGCUCUGAUGCUCAGCAGCCACGCCGUGACUCUGCCGCUGCCUUCCAAGCCGGCCUUCUUCAUCCCCACCGCCGGAGCGGGUUCUAGUUCAUGGAGUUACAGCAACAGCACUUCGAGGGAUGGAAUUACUAAUAGUGGCUCUUCCCUUUCUGUUGAAGCUCUUCCUUUCUCGAGAAGUGACGCUUCUAUGACCGAGCUUUAUCCUCGUUGACAACGCUACCUGGUGGCUAGCUAUCUGCAGGUAUCAGUCCAAUAAUAAUAUGGUAGAUAGCAACCUUUGAAAACAAGAGUGAUUGAUUAUUGGGAUGGCUUCUGGGUGUGAGUGAAACACGAGAAGCUUGAUGAGAUGUAUCAUUACUGUGAAACGAGUGAGCUGUACGUGUUGGGUGCAUGAGUGAGAACAUUUAACUUUGCUCAAAUUUGUAUCCCCAACUUUGGGUUGGACAUAGCGGAAAUAUGGUGAGAUUCGGCUUAAGUGAGGCUCUCUAUUUAUUCAUCACUUCAAGUGCACCACCCCUACACAUACAAAUAUCUUGGUAGUAGGUUUAGUUCGUAGCACUACGAAAGCAAAACCACCAGGAGAGAUAAACCCAAAAAAGACAUAUCUUGAUCUAAAAAAAUUCAACAUGUUACCGUUAUAAAGUUGCAUAAAUUUG